AUGAUGGAGAACAGCAGCAGCGGUGAUGCCCAGCCGCAUUUGACGGGUCUGCCGCCACUGCCAAAAAGUCUGAGUGCCGCCACGGCGGCUCCUGUGGCCAUUGGCCCGCAUCCACGCACCGGAUCGCCAGCGUCCAGUGUUUCCGCUCUGACCGCAGCCGCAGGCGAACUCUAUCUGGGCCCCUCCACCUCCUCGUCGGCGGCCAGGAAUCGCAGCUACAACGGACACGGACAUAGCCAGCGACAUGGCAGCCUCUCCUCCACCCAGGAGUCGCUCAGCGAUCGGGAGUCCGUGCACAGUCGCGCCUCCAGCACACAUAGCGCCGGGGCUGGCCAUACGCCCACCAACAGUUCGAGCAGCACGGGCGCCAGCUCGUCCACGAUCGAUAACCAGCUGGCCAUCCUGCGCAGGGAGAUGUACGGCUUAAGGCAGUUGGAUCUUUCGUUGCUGUCGCAGCUGUGGGCGCUCAACGAGUCGAUACAGGGAUUUCGAGUGUUCCUGCAGGAGCAAGAUGCCCUGUCGCCGCCAUCGAGGUCUCGCACGCCAUCGGAUGCGAAUUCCUUGAGCUCCGAUGAGGAGGACGAUGGCUCCUAUGCGCCAGUGACUUUGCCCAAGAUGGCAGAUCCGACUGGUGGAGGCGGUGCGGGACUGGCUAGCUCUAGGGCCAUGGCCUCGCCGGCAGCCAGUGGGGGACUGCCCACCAAACUGGCCACCGGAUCGACCACCUCCCAUGCCUCGACCAGCUCCACUUCGGGCGCCUCGGGCUCAUCCUCGGCUGCCUCCUCCAUGGGCAAGCAUCAACAAAUGCAGCAGCAGCAACAGCAGCAGCAGACGGCUUCCCAUUACCAUCAAAGACCGGAGCCGCCGCCCGCACCACCAGCCCAGCACAAGGCGCAUCCACAGCUGCCGAGGAUCCUGCAGCAGCGCAUGAGACAAGCGCCGCCGCCACCGCCACCCACAAGGCAAAAGGGGGGCAGCAGCAGUAGCCACAGCAUUAGCAGCAGUAACCACAGCAUCAGCAGCGUCACACAGCCGCAGCCACAGCCACACCAUCAUCCCCAAACGCAUGCCCACCAUUCGCGGCCCGUAUGACAAAACCCGUUCUUGGACUAAGCCAAGUUCAAGAACAGACUCAGAUUCACAAACGCAGCCGCUGGCAACACUUCGGAAAGGGUCAAUUAGACGACAUUUCUCCAAGAGUCAAUUCAAAUUCAAGUGCAGAAAGAUCACACUCACACAGUCUGUCAGCCAACACACUCAUCUCAUAAAAAAAGCUUGCCAUGUCCUAGUUCUUGAUAUUGAAACACGAAACAUAUGAACGGUUUAUAAAUGUUUUUUGCGAAACGAUGAAAAUGUCUUUGAAUGUAAGCGUACCACUUUUCACGUUUAAUAUAAAAUAAUGAAACACAAGAAAUUUGUAUUCAAUAAUAAUCGCUAAGUAGUAAAGGAUAAGAUCCUUAUAUGCAUCUAUGUAUUACUCAAAUUGUAUAAACAUAAAUUUAAAAUGCUUGAAAUUCCGCAUCGAAUUCACAUAGAUCUAGUUCUAUUAUUUGCGUUGACUCUGAAAUGUUUUGUUAGAAUGCAUACUAUCCUACAAAAACUAAAUCAAAUUGUUCCAACUCAUGUAGCACUAACCAAAACUAAACUCUUGGCCUAUACAUAUGAAUAUCUGGAUUGAUUUUAUAGCCCUGUUAAGUCUUAGUUUCCUAAGGGGAAUCGAACACAAAUUAUAUUAUACGAACAUGUAUCUGUAUCUCAAAGCGCAACCUAGCUGAUCUAACUGUUAGUCCAAUAAUCCUAUCAUUAGCACUCCAAAAAUCUAGGCAUAUAUAUGUAAAGCUCAAGUAUUGGAGCAAAUCCCCCGAGCAGUUGUACAGUGCGUUUCAGAACUGUAAGUCAGUCUCAACAAGUUGCAUGAAAAGUUCUGUAAAGGAAAAAUCAAGUCAUACGGUUUACGAUUUCAUUUUGGUUUUUAUAUUUUUAUACAUCUUAUUAAUGGACUCGAUUCUAGUUAAAUAGAUUAUAUGAUGUCCAACUGUCUUAUAGCUUUGGAACGCAUUGUAUAUAAUAUUUAUAUUCUAAAUACAUAUACAAUUUUUACCACAUAACAGUUUAAAAAGCGAUAGUUGAUGAAACGCAUUAAAUACCAUCGAGUAUUCCCCAUAUCACACGCAUUAUACGGGAGUUUGCGAAAUGAAAAAAAGAUUUACAUAUAUUACCUAAUCGAAAUUUAAACUAUUUCCAAUAUUUAUUGUUAGUUCUUAGAAUGUUUUAUUUCUCAAAACGAAUUCCUUAUAAAAUCUAUUAAAAUUAAAGCACCUAAUGAAGUUAACGAUUGGAAUUAAAAUCCACACGAUCAUAGUUUACUGUUCUUUAUUUUUUAUUUCAAACGCACCAUUACAAAAUGAGACUACAAAUCAAAAUUCUAUGGAAACUUGAACCAACCAGAGAUCACUGAAACAUCGAUAUAUAAGCAAUAUACCAUAUACUGCAGCACAAGUCGCAAAGUUGAAUAGCUUGGCUCAACAUAUUCGAAAAAAAACGGGGACGGUUUCUCCACAUCGAGUAUAUGUUUUGUACAGAUAAUGCCUCAUGUAAGAGUGUUCACUCUUAACUGCCAAUCCUUCGGGGCAAAAGAUUAUUAUAUUCAGUUUAUCAAAUCGAUUUCUUUAUAAAUGGUUUAUAAAGUUCAAUAGUAAUUAUAUUUUUGGAUUUGCAUAAUUUAAAUUUGAUUGCUUUAUAAUAUAUAUUUAUUUAAAUGUGAUUUACUAAAUUAUUUAAUUUAUUGUUUACUAAAAUUUGUACUGGUAAUUCAUUAAUGAAAUUAUUUUUGUGUACUUUUGUUCAAAAACCAUGUGUGUCCCAUUAAGACUUCAGAUACGCAUUGAGCCUGACGGAUAUGACUAUAUUCUAUCCGAGUUAUUCAACGUUGCAUCAAGCUAAACUCAUCAAAUAAAUUUGAGAUGAACUUUUGAAAGCUUUUGCUGUGUACAAAAAAUGCAAGCAAGAUAUCGAAAAUUUACACUGACCGAAACAUAUAAAACUUUGGGGUUGAGAUAAAAACACAAUUUACGAAAAUAUAUAAUUUAUACACAUUUUUUGGGUUUUGAUGAAAUAUGGUGAUGAGAUAUCGUUGAAAAGUGUAUUAUGUAAUGGCAAUUUAUUAAUGAAACGAAAGAAACGAUACGAAUGUAUCGAUACAAUAAAUAUCAAUUUAAAUAUCAA